AAGAAAAACUAUGAAUAAAAUAAUAAUAAAGUAAAUAAAACCUCAAUAUCUUUCAUAUUUUAAGUAAGCGCAACAGAGAAAUUAUUAGGGCUCACCUUCCGAAAUGAAACCGUUAUAACUUUAAAUACUUAUGAUUGGAAGGUAUAUAAAGAUUGCUUUAGAGUUGCCAACCAAUACAAUUAUAUUCAUGUGGAUUAUUACACUGUUUUAUGAGGUCCCCCCCUAAACGGAGUGUUUUUGCGGAUUCGGUCACACCAUUUCCUCGAGCUCACUUCGUUCGCUGCGGAUUUUUAUUAAUUUUUAACCGAGAUCCGCAAAUUGGCUGUUUUAGCCGGAAUUGCUUUAUUAUAAAUUAGGCGCAUUAGGGUUUUUUAAGAUAAAUAUUUUGACCGAAAAUAAAAAAAAUAUUCGAGUACUAGGACAUGGUGGAAGCCUAGCUGGAUGGAUACAUUCUUAAUCGGGGAUUUAAAAGGAAAACAGUGAAAAGUGUCGGCUUAAAUUGGCAAACAAAGUUGCUAACUGAAACGGCAGAAGAAAAUAAAAAAAAAGAGUUGAAAGAAAACCAAGUGGCAGUCUGUGCGGCGGCGUCCUUCGCAGGAGUGCGAGUUUUCCUGGCCCCGCGACGACGACGAGGGUGGAAAACUCAGGAAAAACGCGUGAAAAACCGAAAUUGUGCGUGUGUGUGCAAAUAAUGUGAAGUUGGCAGGAAAAAACUGCUGCAUCUUUGAAUUUGGGGGAUAUUCGAUUAAUAAUAAUUAAAAGGAAUGUCCGAUCGGCGAUUUUUGGUGUUCGCACGGGAUGCGUAGCGGCAGCGGCGGCUCAAAAAUCCAGUUUCGGGCUGCAAGGCGUGUCAGGAUUGAAAUCGAACCACCACCACCACCACCAUCACCAUCAGCACCACCAACAACAGCAACAACAAAAUAAUAACAACAACAAGAGGAGUGCGGUGGAGCGGAUGUUUUGAGUCAAAAUUCGUUGCUUGUUGGCCCUUUCCUGGUUAUUCCUGUUUGACUUCAUUUUCACUGAACUGAGCCGCUGCCACUUUCGCCAGCACUAACUACAAAAACAACAUCACCAACAACAACAUCAAUAUCCAAUAACAACAACAGGAGUCUCUUGAAACCGCCAGAAUUUCUUUUUCAAAAGACAAAAUGUCGACUCGCUCGCAAUUAACCAAGGACCUCAACGAAAGCGUCAAGUCCAUACUGGGUCGCCACACAAAGAUACUCGUCAAGUACAUGGUCAAGCUGGAGACGAAAGGCGACAAGACGGAGAAUCGUGUUCUGGUCUUUACACCCGUGAGGGUAUAUCUGCUCAGUGCCAAAGUGCCCACCAAGAUCGAAUGCCAUUUCCACUACCUGGACAUCGUAGGAGUCGAGAGCAAGAAGCCCACCCAUUUCUCCAUUGUGACCAACGAUCGGCCCUACUCGUUCGCAACCACCGGCGAUGCGGGCAGUUUCAGCUCGAACGCUGAUGUCAUUCUAACCGAUCUGGCCUCAGCCAUCAAGCAGAUUUUUCCAACAGUUCCUCUCAAAUACAUAAUACGAAAGAUCGAUAUCCAGCCACCGGAGCGAGAGACCAUAUUCUCCGAGGAAUUCCGACCCUCUGAUCCGCGCAAUGUCGGCCCCUGCGGCGGAUUCAGUGCCCAGUACGCCUGCAUGUGCGACUUCCAUGGCGUUCCCUAUCGCGAGGAGGUGGCCUGGGACGUGGACACCAUCUAUCUGUCCCACGACACCCGAGUGCUCAACCUGCGCGACUUUGACCACCUGGAACCAAAAGACCUGAUGGCCAUUGUUUCCGCUCUGGAGUAUAAUACAUUUUUUCGCGGCCUGAAGGCUGCCCACAUGCGACUGUCCCACGAGACCCUGGAACGCAUCCUGCACGUGCUCAAGCGUUCGAUGUGGCUGGAGGAGCUGCAUCUGGAGGCGCUAGGAUUAAGAUGGGAUUUCCUAAACAAGUUAUCGAUAUCUGUGAUAACGAAUAGCAAUCCCGCCAUUCGCACCAUUGAUCUGAGCCACAAUAUAAUUGAGGAUAAAGGUGCCAUCCACUUGGCCGGACCCAUCGCCAAGGUGUCCAAGGGUCUGUGCAAGCUGGCCCUGGCCCACUGCGGCUUGACUUCGAAGGGGGUGAACCAGAUGUCCCACUCCCUGACGCUCAAUCAAAGUAUUUCCAACUCGCUCACGUAUCUAGACCUAAGUGGUAAUAGUCUCAAAGAUGAUAUAACCAAUCUGCACAACUUCCUGGCUCAACCCAAUGUGCUGGAGCACUUGGACCUGGCCUCGACUGACAUCACAUUGGAAAAUUUGUUUGGAGCUCUCUUGCGCGGCUGUGCCACGCACCUGGCCCACCUCAACGUAUCGCACAACUCGUUUAGCACCAAAAAGGGCAAGGAGAUACCGCCCUCGUUCAAGCAAUUCUUCACCAGCACCCUCAGUCUGAAGCACCUCAACAUAGCCGGCUGCAAGCUGCCCAUGGAAGCUCUUAAGAAUUUGCUGCUCGGCCUGGCCUGCAACGAAUCCACAGCUGGACUUCAUCUAGAUCUCAGCGGCAACACGCUGGGCACCCAAGGCGCCCACGUGCUUGAGUCCUGCAUCCACGGAGUACGAGUGCUGCAAAGCCUGGACAUCAGCGACAACAAUUUGGAUGCUGAACUGGCGCCCGUGCUGACGGCCAUCUCAAAGAACCCCUCAAUACGAACGCUAUACUUAACCCGCAACCUAACGGGCAUGAAGCCAAAGCACAUUCCCCCCGUGAUGGACGCCCUGGUGAACCUCAUCCAGAAGGACGACUUCCCCCUGGCCGAGCUAGUGCUUUCGGAGAACAAGCUGAAGCACGACCUGCACGACUUCAUCAAUGCCCUCGGCAGCAAUCAGAGCCUGCAGAAGCUGGACAUCAGUGGCAAUUAUAUGGGAGAUGUGGGCGCCCGGCUGUUGGCCAAAGCCCUGCAGAUCAACAACCGACUGCGAACCAUUUACAUGGACAAGAAUGCAGUGACGCUGCAGGGAUAUGCAGAUAUUGUGUAUGCCCUGGAGCACAACCACAGCAUGCGCACCAUCCCGUUCCCCGUGUUCGAUAUUGCUCCGCACCUAAAGAGUCAUCCGGACAAGACGGAUGCGGUGAUGCGAAAGAUGCAGGAGCUGCUGCAGCGCAACUGCAAUGGACUGAAGCGCACCAAUGGUCAGGGCUUCCGGCUGCAACACGGAUUCAUGCUGUCCUCCACGCACCAGUUGGUGGACAAGCUAGUAGCCGAGACGCAGGACACCAUCUCGCUGGCCAAGGGCGGCAGUGAUUCCGCCUCGGCGGUGCAGCGCCUCAUAACCGAAGCGGAGAACUGCAAGCAGCUGAUGCCCAAGCUGCAGGAGGCGGUUCGCAGCGACGCCCAUCCCAUCGAGAUGAAGCUGACCCGAGUGGCCAGUGAGCUGGGCUACACGAUCAAGAGCUAUCUGGAGGAGACGCUGGAGACGAUGAUGCGAACGGGUAUCGAGCAGUGUCCCAAGACCCUGGGCAACCAGAUAGUGGUGCAGGAUCUGCGGAAGGUCCUGGCCGAACGCCUGCUGGUGCCCGAGGACUUCCUCCAAAGCUGUUUACUGAACAAUGCCGGCAGUGAGAUCAUGAACAAAGUUAGUGAAAUCGAGCAAUCCCUGGCAGCCGCCAUCUCGGAUAGGGCCACUGAUGAAGUUUUGGAGGCUCUGACCCGCUAUCGCAGGGGCCUCGGCAUUGCUGAGUCGCCAUCGGUACUGCUGGACGAGCCGCAAACGCCGGACAUCGUUCGCAGCCGCUCCAGUCAUGACGCGGAUGGUCUGAUCAUACGGCCGGGUGGAAGAGGCUCUAUAUUGCCCAAACUGGGCCUGGAAUCGCCCACUAAAUUGGAAUAUCUCAACCUUGCCACUCCUCAUCUGGCCACCAAGCGGCGCAGCGUUGCCAGGAAAGUGCGUCCCCAGUCUGUCGUGGAGAAUCUCAGCCUGGGUCAUAUACCAGAUCUCCUGGACUCGCCCUCUUCCCAUCGCUCCAGUUCCCAACUGUCGACCCGAGCGGCUGCAGGAGCCGCUGCCGUGGCCGGUGCCACCAACAUGACCGACAGCAUCGCUGCCAUGGACGACGGAGGUGUGGACGAGUGCUGUGACUCCAUCACCGAGUUGCCGAGCGCUUCUUUCCAGCUGCAGCACCUGGUCAAGGGUCGACCAAAGCGUGCCAAGACGCGUGCACCCACUCGGCCGCUGGUUAAUGCUGAGUGUGCCGGAGGCAGUCGGGAGAUUGGCGAGGGGCUGGAGCACUUCUUCCGACCCGGAUCGGUCACACCCACUACCCUCACGCCCUUGGUGUCGCCCACGUCGGAGGAGUGCAGCUCGCUGUCGUUUGUGGACAGUCCCACCAUGAGCCGGGAUGGAAACGGACACAUGACCUCCGAGGAGACUACACCUAUUCUGGAGGAGCGCCGUCCAAUCAAAUUGGAACGUCAGUCGCCCCUGCUGAAGAGUGCCUCCUGGGCCACAAGAUCUCGCUCCACUGACAAUCUGGAGAAAUAUUCUCCUCUGGUGGGUCGCAAAUCCCCGCUGGUUAAGAUGCGCACUGAAGGCGGACCGGGCGCUGGUGCCGGUGGCGAGGAGACAUCCAUUCCCACAUCCAAUCUUCUAAAGGCCACCGCCCGGGAUGAUAAAAUGCGGUCGCCAAGCAGCGAUUCAAUUAAGAGUCAUGCCACGGGCGAAGGCAGCGUGAUUGUCAAGACGGGCAAUGGCAUCCUGCGCACCCCAAUUGUGCUGCAGAAGCCACGACCCUGGUCGGUAGUCGGCAGCGAGCCGAAAGCCAGUGGGGAGCUGGUCACAGGAAAUGGGAAUGCUGAUUCCACGCCAGACAACCUGGAAGAAGAUGAAGUCGAGGUAGUGGCUUUUGGUUCAAGCAGCGGUGGCUCUAUAGUUGGCAUCACGCCUGGCAUAGCCUUAACCACCAGUACCAGUGGAGGUGGCAGCAUUGUGGGCAUCACACCAGGGGCUGCCCUGGAGAAGAAGUCUGUUCGCGAACUAGCCGCUGGACUUAACCGACUGGAACUUCCCCUCAAGCCGCCUGUUAUGCCCAGAACCCUCUUAAAUACAGCGAAUGCGCGCACGAGCAGCACCUCCACCACAUCCACGACCUCAUCCAACGGAGGGAGCUCUUCAACCACUUCCAGUACGUCUACGACAGUAUUAAACAGCCAGAACCAGACCCGUACGCAGGUUGUGACCACCACCAGCAGCGAGACAACUACGGAGCAGACAAGCAGUAGCUCUAGCAGCAUUAGUAGCAGCUCCUCGACCCGGCAGGAGCAGCGUCAUGCCAUGGCCUGUGCAAGUCUAAUCAGCAACGAGAUCCUGAGCAUGCGAAAUGGCCAAUUGGCUGGCAAGUCGGGAAGUUGUGCGGAAAGCGGAGGCGUUAAACGGAUCGCCGGCAAGGAGAUCUCCACACUGUUCGAGGAGACAUUAGUUGAAGAGCUGCAGCAGAGCAUGGCGAACCGACGCAUGUUUAGAGACUCGGCCUACACCAAGGAGGAUGUCGUUGAUUUAUAAGUGUUCUAGUUAUAUGCUCAACAUUCCCUCACACCUCACACCCCAGACAGACCUCCGCCUGACCUGCCACAGAUGAUUGCGUGAUUGAUCGCCGGGGCUUGGAGAUGAUUAUGAUUAAGUGAUUUAGGAGGCGAUGGCAAUGAAAGGGAGGAUAGAUGGAUAGAUGCAACUUAUUCGUACUGAACCAUUAAUUUAUGUGCAAUGGCGCGUGUGUAUUGUUUUUCAUUUGGCAAUUUUGAAUGAACGUGAUUUAUUUAUUGAUAUAUAACCUAAUACUUUUAUCCAAAUUUACCUUUGCAUAUUUAUAAAGAUGUUUUGUGUACUAUAUUUUAUAUUUUUAUGUAUUUUAAAUGAGUUAAGUGCCAAUAAUAUACAGAAUUAACAGAAGUCUAUUUUUAGCGUGUGCUAUACACCAACUUCAAUGAAACUAACGAAGAUAACGCAAUGAAUAUGAUAUACACCUAUAUACACUUUAUGUAAAUCGAUUGCGUAUAUAAGAACUAUUUUAAUGGCCUAAAACUAAAACAAAACAAAAAAAAUAUUUAAACAAAAUCUAAAUGAAAUACAAUAUUUUUUAUAACUGCUUCCAAAUACAAGUAUUCAUGGUUUUUAAUUUUCUGAUUUUUAUUUACCUUAAUUAUACACAUACUUAUAGUAUUCGAACGACAAUCCGUUUUCAAACAUUAAAGCGUAUUGUGCCGCCAAAAACGAAUGCAUUUAUUUAAAAAGAAACGGAGACGGAGUUUAUUGAUUAUUUUCUAAAAAGUUAACAAUUUACUCUAAGGAAUUAGCGAGGACGUUACUGAUAACAAAUUACCGAAUGCAUUUAAACAAGAGAGAAGCGUAAAAACUUAAGAAAAAACUACACAAAUCUAAUUACUGUAACCAAAUCGAAGAAUUUCCAUUUAAAUUUUGAAGAUCAAGUAGUUUGCACCAAAGACACACUGGAUUUUUGCGAAAAGCGUUCUGCCCAUCCACCACCGACCACACACACUUUCAAUUUUGAGUGUUACCCGAUUCCCAUAGUUGGCUCAUUCAAAGGCCAUUCGACUUCAAAAACCAAAAUCGAAUCUUUUAAGUGUUCAUUAAAGUUAAGAAAAUAAAAAUCUCAUUGUAAUCUAUUGAAAUUCAAAUUAAAUGGGCAACAUCUUAAACCUGAGUUUUAAUUUCAAAUUAGAAAGAUGGCGCGAGGUCUUUUAUCGUCCAAUGCUUUUUGAAACGAUAACAGUGCGUUUUUCAAUACCGUUUUACAACACUGUUAUCGAUACCGGCACAUGUAAUCACGCUCUUCGCUCAUCUCUGACUCGCGUCGCUGAAAUUUGUUCUAGUUUUUGGAAAAAUAAACUGAAAAGGACCCAUAUAAGGAACUUUUCUGCCGAAUUUCAAGACAUACUAACUGCCAGGAUGGUGAAGCUAACGCCAGAGUUGAUCAACCAAUCGAUGCAGUACAUAAAUCCGUGCCGGGAGCGCGAACUGGAUUUGCGCGGCUACAAGAUUCCACAAAUUGAGAACCUGGGCGCCACAUUGGACCAGUUCGAUACCAUCGACCUCUCCGACAAUGAUCUGCGCAAGCUGGAUAAUUUGCCGCACCUUCCGCGCCUCAAAUGCCUGCUUCUGAACAACAACCGCAUUCUGCGGAUCAGCGAGGGCUUGGAGGAGGUGGUGCCCAACUUGUCUUCACUUAUUCUAACCGGAAACAACCUGCAAGAGCUGAGCGACCUCGAGCCGUUGACAGGAUUCACCAAACUGGAUACCAUUUGCCUGCUGAUCAAUCCAGUGUCCACGAAGCCCAAUUACCGGGAGUACAUGGCCUACAAGUUCCCGCAGCUGAGGCUGCUCGACUUCCAUAAGAUAAAACAAAAAGACCGGCAGGCAGCCCAAGAGUUCUUCCGAACGAAACAAGGCAAGGACAUGUUGAAGGAGGUCAGUCGGAAAUCCAAACUGAGUGCCGCCGCUGCCUUGGCUGCCGAAGCAAGCAGUGGUAAGGGCAGGGGGGCAGAUGGAGGACGGUUGGCCAACCCAGAGGACAUGCAGCGCAUCCGUGAAGCUAUUAAACGUGCCAGCUCGUUGGCGGAGGUGGAACGGUUAUCGCAAAUCCUGCAGAGCGGGCAGCUUCCGGAAAAAUUCCAGCAUGAGCAGGAAGCAGAAUCAGCACCUGGACAAAAUGGAUCGACGCAUAACGGCGCGGGGGCCGUGGCCAUGGAAUACUAGUAUCCUUUCUGUCCGCCGACCUGUCAGCUACCUUUUAAUCGUAGACCAAUACUUAAAAUAAAACGCCGUAACAAGUUA